GUGUAAAAACUCUGUUCGGUUAUAAGUAAACUUGUGUGUCGUUAUUAAUAAAUAAGUAUUGUGAAAGUGAGGAUCGUUUAUCGCCACAAUGGAGUCAGUGCUGCAUCCGCCAUUACCGUUCAAAUUUGAGAACAAUUUAGUGAACGUUACAUCGGGAAAUUUAUGCAAAGAAUGGGAUAAAUGGAAAAAAGCCUUUUUAAUUUAUUACGAAGCUUGUGAAAUCGCGAAAAAACCACAAAAGGUUCAAAUUAACAUUUUACUGCAUAUAAUAGGUGAUAAGUGCCGCGAGGUAUAUGACCAGUUUAGCGAAGAGUCAAAAACUGUAGAUGAGUUGUUAAAGAAGUUUGACGAAUUUUUUGAACCCAAAAAGAACCUCGCCGUAGAGAGACACAAAUUCUUCACACGGAACCAGCAGGAGUUCGAAUCUAUUGAACAGUAUGUCUUUGAAUUAAAUGUGAUGGCGGCAAAGUGUGAGUUUAAAGAUCUGUGCAGUGACCUCGUGAGGGAUCGGUUAAUAUGCGGUAUUCAGGAGACAAGCUUGCGGGAACGACUUCUACGAGAAAGUGACUUGACGCUGCAAAAAGCUAUAGAAAUAUGUAGGCUAGCCGAAAUAUCCCGUGCUCAAGCUGGUCACAUAAAGCAGGACAAUGUGGAACAUCAUGUGCAUGAAAUCAAAACUAAGCAAAAAAAUAGCGAUGGAACGUCAAGGUCAACCGAGCUGUUGUUAUAGACAAGAACAUGAGGAUACAGAAGAUAAGGCGGUGCAUGCGGUCAGCGCGAACAAUCGCGGGCGCCGCCGCCGUGGAUCGUGGCGCGGAGGGCGCCCCGGACAGGCACACGCAGCUCCCGGGCACGACAACCUGCCAGCGGCGCGCGGCAGGUGGCAGCGGUCGUCACAAACCAACAGGACUGGCGGCCAUAG